AUGAUACCUAUAGACUUGUUGGAUUCGCCGAAUGAUAUUCCUUCUGAAACUUCUAUUAAACUAAAUGAAGUUAUCAAAUUCAUUUCUAAAAGUAAGAAAAUGACUGUGUUAACAGGAGCUGGUAUUUCAUGUAAUGCAGGCAUACCGGAUUUUAGGUCGUCCGAUGGGUUAUAUAAUAUGGUUAAAUCCAAAUAUCCAAAAUCAAUUGUAAGAGGACAAGAUUUAUUUGAUAUUUCUUUAUUUAGAGAUGAAAUAUCCCUUUCGAUAUUUUGUACAUUUAUGGAAUCCCUAUACAAAUCAUCAUUGAAUGCCAAACCAACAGAGACUCACAAAUUCAUCAAAACUUUAAAGGAUAAGAACAAGCUAUUACGAUGUUAUACUCAAAAUAUUGAUUGUAUCGAGCAACGUAUUGAUUUAAAUAUGGGAAUAAAUCUAGAAGAAUUUGAUAGAAAUACUCGUUUCAGACAAGUUUGGAAUAAUUUAGAUGUUGUUCAACUCCAUGGAAACUUACAUAAAUUAUCUUGUACCAAUUGUUUUAGUCAGUUCAAUUGGAAUGAAGAAUUCCAAACAUUAUUGGCAAAUGGUUUAAACCCAGAAUGCUCCAACUGUAUGCUUAAAUAUCAAGAAAGAUUAUUUCAAGGUAAAAGACUCACGGGCCAGACUAUAGGUUUAUUAAGACCAAAUAUUGUAUUAUACGGUGAGCAUCAUCCACAACUGGAAAUAUUAACACAAGGUUUAAAUGCAGAUUUGAGACUGAGACCAGAUUGUUUAAUUAUCAUGGGUACAAGUUUAAAAGUUGCUGGAGUUAAAGAAUUGGUUAAAAAUUUAAGUAAAAUCAUUCAUGAUAAAGGUGGGAAAGUUAUUUAUAUUAAUAAAACUAAAUUAAGUGCUAGUUCAUGGAAACAAUAUAUUGAUUACGAAAUACUUUCCGAUUGUGAUGACUUUGUUAGAAUUUUGAAGAAAGAGAUUCCUGAUUUGUUUUUAACUCAAGAACAAUUGGAUUCAAAGAAAUUGAAACAUGCUGCUGGAAUUCAUAUUCCUCUACCAGUAUUAAAACAAGAACCAGUGUUGAAACAAGAACCAGUAUUGAAACAAGAACCAGGAUUAAAACAAGAACCAGUAUUAAAACAAGAACCAGUAUUAAAACAAGAACCCGGAUUGAAUCAUGAUCCAGUGCUAAAGCAAGAACCAGGAUUAAAACAAGAACUGGGUCUUAAAAAAGAACCCACUCCAAAACAAACCAAAAGACUUAAAAAAGAACCAACACCAAAAAAAGAAUCAAAAUCUAGCAAAACUAAAAAGGAGACAAGUCCUCCAUCACCUCCUACAACUCCAAAUAAACUGAAACAACGACCAACUUUGAAAAGAAAGUCAUCUAGUGAAAUGAAUAUUGAAGAGGUUAAUACUAGACUUAAAAGAUUACGUAAAAGACAAGGUCAAUUGAGAUCACCAACAUCGUCAAUUAAUGGUAGUGAAGAAGAAGAUAAUUACGAAGUACAUUUUACUAAUGGUAAAGAAGUUCUUGUACUUGAGUAA